CUUAAAAAUCGUAUACGUUAUGGGAAAACUGUCAUUUAGAGAUAUUGAGAAUCACCUUCGGUUACCGGCCACCGCCACGCCUAGCCACAAUAGUAGCUGCAUUUGCGAGGGAGCUCCGAUGUCCAGGAAAGCGAUAUGGAGGAAUUUCGUAAAGAUACUGGACCGAUACCAUCAAGCGGCCUUCAGCCCGAAAUACCUCCUGUACACAAACAUUGGCAUCUCGAUCGCCCUGAGCGGAGUGGGCGAUACGAUUGCCCAGACCUAUGAACGGAUGAUAGGGGAGAUCCACGGCUGGAACAAGAUCCGCACUCUUCGCAUGGGCAUAUCCGGGCUAACUGUGGGCGUGGUGUGCCAUUACUGGUACCAGUAUCUGGACUACCUCUAUCCGCAACGCACCUACCGCACUGUGAUCAUCAAGAUCCUGCUGGACCAGUUCAUCUGUUCGCCCCUUUACAUCGCUGUCUUUUUCCUUACAAUGGCCGUGCUGGAGGAUACCACCUGGGAGGAGGUGCAGAAGGAGAUCCGGGAAAAAGCCCUUGUCCUUUAUAUGGCCGAAUGGACGGUCUGGCCACUGGCCCAGUUCAUUAACUUUCUGUUGAUAAAGCCCCAGUACCGUGUAUUCUACGAUAACAGCAUCAGUUUGGGCUACGACGUCUACACCUCCCAGGUAAAGUAUCGCAAGAAACCCCAAGCCAAUCCCGAUCAAAAGGAAAAGUGAGCAGUCGUGGGCUGUACGAUCUCUUUUGGUUCAUAAAAUUUGUUGUCCAUAGGUGAU